UUAUAGGAACUCAUGCAGUCAAAAUCUGGAGCCAAUGGAACAGCCAUUACUGAAUUCAUCCUGCUAGGAUUAGUGGAGACACCAGAGCUAUGGUCAAUUAUCUUUGUACUUUUUCUCUUUGCCUACAUGGUGACAGUUGGAGGCAACCUCAGCAUCCUAGCAGCCAUCUUGGUGGAGCCCAAACUCCACACCCCCAUGUACUUCUUCCUGGGGAACCUCUCAGUGCUGGAUAUUGGGUGCAUCACUGUCACCAUCCCCUCAAUGUUGGGUCAUCUUGUGUCCAACACGCGUACAAUUCCAUAUGGAGCCUGCCUCACACAGCUCUUCUUCUUCCAUUUGCUAGUUGGGGUGGACUGCUUCCUGUUGACAGCCAUGGCCUAUGACCGAUUCCUGGCCAUCUGUCAGCCCCUCACCUACAGCACCCGCAUGAGCCCAUCGGUCCAGAGAAUAUUGGUGGCUGUGUCCUGGGUAUGUUCCUUCACCAAUGCACUAACCCAUACUGUGGCCAUAUCCACACUCAACUUCUGUGGCCCCAAUGUGAUCAAUCACUUCUACUGUGACCUCCCACAGCUCUUCCAACUCUCCUGCUCCAGCACUCAACUCAAUGAGCUACUGCUCUUUGCUGUGGGUUUCAUGAUGGCGGGUACCCCCAUGGUCCUUAUUAUUACCUCUUAUGCCCAUGUGGCAGCUGCCAUCCUUCGAAUCCGCUCUGCUGAGGGCAAGAAGAAGGCCUUCUCCACAUGUGGCUCCCACCUCACUGUAGUUGCCAUAUUCUAUGGUUCAGGGAUCUUUAACUACAUGCGACUAGGUUCAGCCAAACUUUCCAAUAAGGAUAAAGCUGUUGGAAUUUUUAACACUGUUAUAAAUCCCAUGCUGAACCCAAUCAUCUAUAGCCUCAGGAACCCCGAUGUGCAGAGUGCCCUCUGGAAGGUGCUCCUGGGGAGGAGGUCGCUGGCUUGA